AUGAGUAAGGCGGUCAACUUGGAAAGAAUUGCAACAUUUGAGGCAAAUUUUGUCCGAUUUAUGCUUUCUAAAGCAAUAAAUAGGAAAGAUUUCUUUUCUAAAGAGCAUCAGGGAGAACUUGCAUUUAUGAUAACAUUUUUAAUGUCUAAGUUCUGUUUACAAAAUGUCGAUAUGCCGAUCAGACUUUCCUUAGGAAAUGCAAUGCUUGAACUUGUCAAACCGUGGGAUGAAUCACUGAAAACAAUGACUUCAUUUCUUCCUGGUAUUUGUUGUCGUAUGACUAAACUUGCUUGUUCAGAUCUCAAUACGGCAGUUGUAAAUGUAGCGCUAAAGAUUUUUGGCUGCACUGUAACAACUUGCUUGAACGAUUCUGUUCACAAGCAGGACAAAGUUGAAAAUUCAACAGUUGUUGAAAGCAAUCCAAGAAAUUCUGAAGAUGUUUCUAAAAAAAAUAUUACUCGGGAUGAGAAUUUGAAAGUUUUGCUCAGACGGAUGUCUUCUAGACUUGUCCGACAUCAGGAUCAUCGUAUUCGGCUUGCUUUACUUACUCUUUUACAUGAUAUCUACAAACAUUGUGCUCUAAGUCUUGCUUCCUCAAUUGAAAAUAUUUUAAUUGAUACUGUUCUACUGUUGCUGAAUGAUCCAUACGAGAAAAUUGCUGAAUUUUCGGAGACGAUUAAAGAAUAUUUGAUGCAUACAGUAAAAGAAAACUUCAUCAAUCGUUUGAGAGAACGCUUAUACUCAUUAACUACUACUAUACCUACAGAAGCCAUUGUUAGCGGAGAUGUUGAAGGAUGUUUAAAACAGUUGUUAGGAGUACUGUCUUCAAUGAAUUCUGAAUGCGGCGACUUUUUAUUAGGUGGAAAAUUGCCUGAACAAUUGACAUUCGCACUAUCAUCCGCACUGCGGUUGAAUACUAGGCGAUUACGUUUGAGUCGUGAAGUCACUGAUAAAAACAAUGUUUUAGGCAUAGUAGACGACUUACCACUUUUACACAAUGUUGAAAAAAAAACAGUUAAUCAGAUUGCUGUGCUGUUAGCUGCAAGUAAACAGCCUCAUGUUCUCCUGGAUUGUAUUUCUGCAAAUAUUGGUCAUACGAAAGAAUUGGAAGAGUUGACGGGUAGUUAUCACUUUGCUGUAUAUUUAUUAAGAGCAGCUUGUACAAAAAUUACUAAGCUAGCUCAAAACUUUGUUGAUACUUUGCAAGUGUUGGUUGAACAAGCUAUUAAACUUCUGGAAAGAAUCGACAUACAUCAUCCACCGCGAGACGAUAUUAUUGAAGAUGAUAAUGAUGAGCAAGGUAUCGAAAGUUGUCUGGUCACCGUUUUAUUAUCAUUUUGUGCAGCUGCUUUUACUUGUACUCCCUCCAUAUUCUUAUGCCAAAAGUUAAUGAAUGAAACCUUAUUUGAAAUAUUUAAAUGGACAAAGUCAUCGUAUCUAAUUUGUGCAGAAAGUGCGGAAUAUGCUUUAAAAGCUGCUACUAUGGCGGUAGGAGAAGCUGGCAUAUCUUCUCUUUGUGUUACUUACGGGAAAUAUCUCUUACCAAAGGUUGCAAUUCGUUCAAGAGCCUAUAGUAGUAAUCUUCGUACACCUUGUGUACUGUCUUCAUUACUUGAUCAUUGUGAGAAUCCUGAAUUAUUCGAGAUUGUCUGUCACGUUGUCGAAGAACUUCUACUUGCAAUUGACGUAGGAUCACAGGAGUGGCUAAUUUUAAUUCUCAGAGCCAUGCUUAGUUUUGGAAUUGCUGUUGGAAAAUGGUUUCCUGAUGUCAAGCCUGAAGAAGUUGAAUAUGAUGAGGAUGAUCUAGAUAAGAAAGCUCCAAAACCUGAUUUUGUUAUAUCUAUUAACAAUGUUUUGAUGAGAACGAAGCAUCUUCUCUUUUCUUCUCACAUACCAGUUCGUUUAUUGGUUCUGAAAAUUUUGGAUGUUUGUUUGAAAGAUUUGCAACAUUUCCCGGACGAUUAUCUGCCGAUGAUUCAUCAGAACUGGUUAGCAGUUUUGGACUGUCUCCAGGAGAAAAACUUGAAUGUGCGGGUGGAUGCAUUUAAGGUUGUUAUAACGAUGUGUGAACUUUCUGGUAGUUUCUGUUAUCGUCGUUUUAUUCCUCAAGUAUGGCCAUCAGUUCGUAAAUUCAUGCUUGAACAAAGUAUUAUAAGUGCUAAUGCCCAACGAGCCUAUUUUCAUACGGCUGCUUAUAAAUUUCAACUGAUUGUUCUAGAAAGCUUGGGCGAUAUUUUUCAUUAUAUUGAAGCAUGCAGUACAAAUUGGGAAAGUGCUAUGGAAAUGGCCAAAGCAUAUUGCGAUGUUUCGCAGCCCGAAACUUUGCAAAAUGCAUCAAAAAGUUUACUUUCUAUAUGUGAAACGAACUUGAAAGAAAACAAUGAUAAAUCGGAAAAUGCGAUCGGUCAAGUUUUAGUACAAUGA